CACCGGCUGAUCAAACACUCCUCCUCCGAUCGGGCCGAUCCGCUAUCCUUACGAUCCCAAACCUUCCCUUCACCCAAAAUCCGAUUCUCCGAUCUCUUAUCGCCGCCCCAAAUCCACCGGGCAAACCGACCGCCGCCCAUGAGCACUCCAUCACUCUCAGGGAGCGCGGGUGCGUUCUCUGGGUUCACUCGGCUAUGCAAGGGCUUGGCGGUGGUUCUUAUUGGAGGCCACAUUGUGGUUCAGCUUCUCCCUCACGCCGUUGAUUACCUCGCUCUCAUUCCCGCCAGGACGAUUCCUUUUGUCUGGAACCUCAUUACAUCCGGUUACAUUGAACAAUCAAUAUAUGGGGUUGUUAUCAGCACUCUUGGUCUUCUUUUUAUAGGGAAGCUGCUUGAACCUGUGUGGGGUUCUAGGGAGUUCUUCAAGUUCAUCUUUGUAGUUAACUUCCUAACUUCCAUAUGCACUUUCGUCACUGCUAUCGCUAUGUAUUACAUUACAAUGACGGAAUUUUACCUAUAUAUGCCUGUUUCUGGCUUCCACGGAGUCCUUUCAGGUUUCUUAGUUGGCAUCAAGCAAAUCAUCCCCGACCAGGAGUUGCCUUUAUUGAAAAUAAAAGCUAAGUGGUUACCAUCUAUCUUGCUAUUGUUGUCCAUUGCCAUAAGCUUCUGGACAGAAAAGUCAGCAACACAUCUUCCAAUCUUAAUAUUUGGAACCUAUACGAGUUGGAUUUACCUAAGAUACUGGCAGAGUAAACCAGAAACAAAACUCAAGGGUGAUCCAAGUGAAGAUUUUGCAUUUUCUACAUUCUUCCCUGAAUUUUUGAGGCCAGUCAUCGAUCCUGUUGCAUCUAUAUUCCAUCGGAUGCUCUGUGGAAGAUCUGAAGCUUCCAAUGAAUCCCAAGGUCACACCCUGGGCAGUACGUCAUUGCCUGGAUCUGACCCCAUUGAAGCAUCAAGAAGAAGAGAAAGAGGUGCUCGAGCUCUCGAAGAAAGAUUGGCAGCUGAGAGGCUGGCUGCAGCGCACGGUACAGAAGAGUCAGGAAGAGAUGCCGCGGAGAAUGUUUAAUUGCUUGGGAACUCGUGUCGUUUCUGUUCUUUGAAGAGGAGGCUUUUCUAU